AGCGUCUUUACACCAUCAGUUUAAUAAGUGGCUCUUUAUAAUUACACCUAUUCUGGUUCGUGAUGAUGCCCGUUGGUACGCUAUAUGCUUCUAGAGAAUUGGAGAUAGUAUUGUAUAACGACUGAUAAAGGUGCGCUUCAACUUUAAUUAGUUUUUACACGAUGAAAAGAAAAGUUGAUGAUGAAACUGUCCAUUUAAUCGGCAGAUCAGCUGCGGAACGCCAGCUAGAUCGAUUCUACAACCACCAAAGGUCAAAAAUGGCCAAAAAGGAAGAAGAAAAACAAUCUCUACUAUCUUUUAAUAAGGUAUUACCGUUUUCAGAUUCGACCUCUGUGAAAGAAGAGAAACAAAAGCCUGGAACUACGAAUAAAAAAAGUCUUCGGGAUGUACUUGAAGAUUUAUCCACUAAGCACAUACAACAAAGGAGUAAAUUUGCAAAGGGUGUACAACUGUUCACAAAACUUGCAAAGCUAUAUUUUAAAGAGUCAUAUAAGACUGAAAAGGAUGUAACUUAUCAGAACUUCUUCCUUGUAUUAUCCGCAAUAAACGAAGUUUUUGUCAGAGAAUUUGCAGGAUCCGUACCUAAAGACAUGAUAGAUGCUAAAAGUGCUCUAAAUAGCCUUGUUUAUGGCCUUAUAAUUCCCCUUAUAGAUGGAACACCUAUAGACAUCAGCAUGCCCACACCUACAGAAACUCAAGAUAAGAACGGAUCUUCUGAUGCAGAACCGAGUGUUAAAACAGAGAUCUCAGAUGUAGAUGACUGCCAAGAACCUACUUGUGCAGAUCCAUGCAACCUGCCACGAGAAUAUGUACAAUAUUUAAAGUAUUUAAAAAUGAGCAUUGGUUACUCCAGUAGCUUGUGGUACGAAAAUGAUCCCUUCAAGUUCCACAACAUAUGCAGUGAAUUGAAGGCGAUUUUUGAGAGUAUUCUAAAGGAAUGCAAUGACGGAUAUACCCCUGAAAACUUAUCGCAGCUUCACACUACAUGGAGAGUUCCUGGUAGAAACGAAUUAAUAACAAUGGAAUUAAAGGCUUUCGUAAGAACCCUUGGUGUAGUUUUUACAUUCUUCCAGUUUCCAUGGGCUAAAUCAUCCAUAGAGCCCCUCUACAGUUUAAUUUACCUAAAAAGGCACAUUUUUGAUGAAACAGACCAAACUAGAAUAUCUGAAUGGCAAUCUCACAUUAAUGCAAACAAAUCUAAAGCCAAGAAAGGAGUACGAGUCCAGAGAAUUGGUGAAUCCGGCUUCCAAGUUGCUGAUGCCAGAGACGAAAAGAUUGCAAGCAUACAUGGAUCACAGGUUUGGACGGAACGACAGCUCAUAUAACAUUCAAUAUAUACUGCUGUGGAGUUUUUCCAAAAAAGAAAUUUACAUUUCAUAAACCAGAUAUUUUUCAACUUGUAAACGUAUGUU